AUGUCAACACGCGACGAAAAAGAAACAAUCGAGCUCGGCAUCAUUGGUGCUGGUGGAAUGGGUCGAUUCUACGCACAACGACUUUCGAAAGCCGGCUGGAAAAAGGUUCAUGUGUGCGAUCUCCCCCAAAACUAUGAAAAGCUCAAGCACGACUUCCAAGGCUCUGCUAUCAAUGUGCUUCCUGAUGGUUUUCACAUAUCACGACGUUGCGACUGGAUCAUGUAUGCGGUGGAAGCUGAACACAUCGACUCUGCCAUUGCCAAAUAUGGACCAGCAACCAAAAUGGGAGCCAUUGUGGGUGGUCAGACAUCCGUCAAACUUCCCGAGAUGAAUGCCUUACUCAAGCACCUGCCAUCUGACGUGCAUAUCGUAUCAUGUCACUCAAUGCACGGACCAGGAGUUGAUCCUCGUGACCAGCCAUUGGUGGUUGUACGUCAACGUGCCACGGAUGAAAAAUACCAGCUCGUUCUUCGCAUUCUCUCAUGCUUUGAAUCCAACUUUGUUCACUUGACUGCCGAGAAACACGAUCGUAUCACUGCAGAUACACAGGCCGUAACACAUGCGGCUUUUUUAAGUAUGGGAAGUGCAUGGAAAGCCAACAACCAAUUCCCGUGGAUGGUGCCACAUUUUGCGGGUGGAAUUGAGAAUGUCAAAGUGAAUGUGGCCCUGCGGAUCUAUAGCAACAAAUGGCAUGUUUAUGCAGGUCUCGCUAUUAUGAAUCCAAUUGCCAAUAUUCAAAUCACACAAUACGCUCGAUCGGUUGCUGAUUUAUUCAAGCUCAUGAUACAAGAAAAGGAGGACGAGUUUCGUUCAAGAAUCAAGGCUGCAGGUGAUUAUGUCUUUGGGGGUCUGCAAAAGGAUCAUGUCCCUAUCCUGCUAUCGGAUGACAUAUUGGACGAGUUCUCGCUAUCAAAAAUACCCAAGGAACAGCGCAAGCCCAAUUCACACUUGUCUCUUUUGGCCAUGGUCGAUUGCUGGUACACAUUAGGUUUAAAUCCUUAUGAGCAUAUGGUUUGCCAGACACCGCUAUUUCGUUUAUGGAUGGGUAUCACCGAAUAUUUGUUUCGUAGCCCGACCAUGCUGGAAGAGGCAAUUAUGGCUGCCUUGUAUCGUAAAGAGAUCCGAUCUGACGAUAUGGAAUUUGUCACUUGUGCUCGUGGAUGGGCUGAAUGCGUAUCACUGGGAAGCAUGGAGGCGUAUCAAAAACGAUUUACAGAGACUGCAUCAUUCUUCGAGGAUCGGUUUGCAGAAAGCACAAUCGUUGGCAACAACAUGAUAUCGAUGAUUACCAAAAAUAUGGACAAAUCACCUGCUGCAUGA